AUGGCCCGCCAAGAAGGCUACAGCACAGCUCGUCUGCCUCUUUUCUCCAGUGAAGACUUCGGCUACUGGAAGGGCAUAAUGGAGUAUUAUCUGAAGACAGAGGAAGGUGAGUCAACGAGCCAGCUUCAUGCUCGCAUACAAGAUCUUCCUAAUGGACUCCACGUAAUCGGACAAAAGGUGGAGAACCGUGACGUCACAAGCGCCGGUAUCACGUGUGAUUCUGAUGACUCUGUUUCUGAAAUCGACCUCACCGACAUCGGAAUAUCUGGAGAAAUCCGUUUUGAUAUUGUUUGUUGGCUUCCUUCGCUCAUCCCGCUCUCCCCGGGGUCUAAUGAGCUCUCUGAUGACAUCCCCGAUGCCCUUCACAGCUGCACCAGCCUCCGCCGGCUUGACCUCGCCUUCGGCUCUCUCAGAGGUGUAGUUCCCGAAAUGACCACUCUAGUCGAGCUUCAGAUCAACUUUACUAGUUAUUAUUUCACCGGUGCCUUCCCGUGGAGCUCCCUCGCCGGGCUGACUGAGUUGGAGGUACUCAGCGUCGGGGAUAACUCGUUCGAUCCUAAUCCUUUCCCUGAUGUGGUGCUGAAUUUGACCAAACUCAAUUGGCUCUACCUCUCUAAUUGUAACAUCCAUGGACAAAUUCCGCCGGCGAUAGGUAACCUGACAAAGCUCAUCAACAUCGAGAUAGCCGACCGCUUCCUCACUGGCGUGACUCCCCGAGAUCUCCAAGCUCUCCAAUCAGUGGGCAGCCUAUUGGAGAUCCGGAGCUUGACGAACCUCAUCUCUCUACAAUUGUUCGAUAACAAUUUCUCCGGUGAGGUACCGCUGGAAUUUGGGGACUUCCGAUUACUCACCAACCUCACGUUGUACUCAAACAGGUUCAUUGGGAAGUUGCCGGCGAAGCUUGGAAGUUGGACGAAGUUCAACUUCAUCAACGUGUCGAGUAACUCCUUUACAGGGCCAAUCCCGACAGAUAUGUGCAGGAAAGGGACCAUGAAGAGGCUUCUGAUGAUGGAGAACAAGUUCACCAGGGAGAUCGCCGCCGGUUAUGCUUAUUGCUCUUCUCUGCUUAGGUUCAGGAAAAUAACAUUGCGAAUAGGAAGAGAAUCCUUGAAGACAUCCUUCAUUCAGCAGAGAAUAGCCCUGGAAACAGCAAGAGAAUCUCUCGAGGCACCCUUCGAAGAUGAACAUUAA